GCAGCCAGCGGCCUUGGCGAUGAUGAUGAUGAUAAAGAAGAAGAAGUUCAAGUUCCGCGUGGAGCUGGAGCUGGACGAGCUCUCCUCCGUGCCCUUCGUGAACGGCGUGCUCUUCUGCAAGGUGCGCCUGCUGGACGGCGGCAGCUUCAGCGGAGAGUCUUCCCGGGAGGUAGUUCAGGCAAACUGUGUCCGCUGGAAGAAGAAGUUCUUAUUUAUGUGUAAAAUCAGUGCCAGUGCCACAACGGGGGUUCUGGAUACUUGCAUCUGCAGGGUGUCAGUGCGCAAGCUGGGCUUUGCAGACCUAAACCUAGCAGAGUUUGCCGGAUCGGGAAAUACCACUCGGCGCUGUUUACUGGAAGGUUAUGAUACCAAAAAUACAAGGCAGGAUAACUCCAUUCUCAAAGUUUUGAUCAAUAUGCAGCUAAUGUCUGGAGACCCAUGUUUUAAAAUGCCUCCUUCCACAGCAAUGUCUAUAGCAAUUCCUGGAGAAUCAGAAUCUUUGCAAGAAGACAGGAAAGGCGGAGAGAACUUAAAAGGAAUACAUCUGGGAAUGGCAGAUGUCUCAGCAAAGAGUGCCUCAGUCCCAGAUGAUCUUGGUGCAUGUGGACACUCCAGAACAUCAAGCUAUGCAAGUCAGCAGUCCAAAUUGUCAGGAUACAGUACAUGUCACUCUAGAUCAUCCAGUUUCUCUGACCUCUGCCACAGGAGAGAUGCCUCUGUGGGAAGCACUUCAACAGGAAUUGGAAGUAUUCUAGAGCCAUGUGAAGAGAGUGACCUAAAAGUAGCAGAAACCAAUUUUGAUAUAUCUGUUAAAGAUGAGUCAUCAGAAAAACACUGCAGGCAACCUGUGAAGCAAGACUCUGUGGAGUCCCAGCUCAAGAGGGUUGAUGCUACCAGGGUUGAUGCAGAUGACGUAGUUGAAAAAAUACUCCAAAGUCAAGACUUCAGUUUAGAUUCCAGUGCGGAAGAGGAAGGUUUAAGAUUAUUUGUGGGCCCUGGUGGAAGUACUUCUUUUGGAAGCCAUCAUCUCCCUAACAGAGUAGGAUCUGGAGCAUAUGAACAAGUGGUGAUAAAACGCUAGACCUAAAGAGCU